AUGGACAUCUCUCAUGAAACCACGUAUACCGGAGGGGGAAAUCUUGGAAAUAGAUGCUACCAGUUCGACCACAAGAACGCGGGCAGUGCAUGGUUGAGAAAUACGUUGACAAGUAGGUCGUUCACAUUAUAUGCUGGUCAUGUGGGCGGAGCUGGACCUAUCACUGUGACUUCUUCAUUGGUGGUCCCCGCUUCACCAGUUUCACUCACUCGACUACUCAAAAUGCACAUUCAAGCUAGGCUUGCUAGCCCUGAAGAAUGCAUGGAGAUGCUGGUUUUUGAGACCAGAGAAGGAGAGGUGCUGGCACGAGUAUCGAUGGAAGCAAUCUGUGGCAGCAGUAGAUACUUCCAUGGCAUGUUUGCAUCGGAUUUGUUCGAGAAAUGCAGUGGACGGCGAAGAUUUCUGUUUUGUCCCGAAGAGGAAGAUUGUAGUCCCGAGGACUUCACGCGAUUCUUGCACUACUUAGCUGGCUGUCGAUCGCAGUGUACUGCGAUUUCUUCAGCACACACAUGUGUCGCGUUGAUCAGGCUGUCAGAUCGAUAUCUCUGCCCAACUCUUUCGGACUUCGUAUGUUCUCCACAUGGUCCUGUGCGACGGAUACUGACUGGCGAAACCCUGCCAGUGUUUCUUCCCGUUGUACUUCUCACCCAAACCCAUGAAAGGUCAGUUUUACUUUUUUCAUAA